CUGAGCGUUUCUGCUCCGCUCUGCUCCUGUGAAAACUCCCUCUGAGUGUGUGCCUGUUUGAACUCCUUGUGUGUGUGUGUUAAGAAGAGUUUUAUGUGUGUGCACAGCGCUCUGUGUUUUUUUUAAGAGGAGCUGAAGUGCAGCCGUUCAUCAGUGGAGUUGACUGCAGUCAGGGGAAUACUCAGAUCACCCAGCCCUGCUUUUUAACUUACUGCUGUUUGCAGGACCUUUAUUUUAAAAACUCACUGGACUUUAAUUUUUCAACCAAACCUGGACUGCUCUGCGACUCUCUUUUUCUUGCAUCUUGAUCUGUCACUGGAAUUUUCUAUAUUAAUUUUUCCAGAAACUCUCACAGGAUUGUUCAAUUUUGUUUUAUUCUUUACCCGAGUUACUGGGUUGCCAGUUCCUGCAAUUUAGAUCAUUUUGACUCUGUGAUUCUUCCACAUUUUAUUGACUUAAGUCAUGUCAAACAUUUAAUGGAAAAACAGAAGUACAUGAGCCAUACGUUUGCUAAUAACUGUUAUACAGAAGAUUUGUCAGGAAAAUGGAAUCUAUCAGUGCUUUGAGAGUCAUGAUGCACUCAGGUGGAUGCUGAUGCUGACUUGGAAUGUUCUGAACCUUUGCAGAGUUUGUUUCUGUGGAAUUGGAUGAAAAGGUCCUUGUGUCCAGGCGGAAUGUUUUUGUCCUGUCUUGGAUGUGAGAGGUGAUCUGAGUUGUCCUUCAUAAGAGCACCAGCGGAUAUAUCAAGAAAAGAAGGAAGAGGUUUGGAAGCUACAAACAAGAAGCAAAGACUGGUUCUUUUCAAACUGAGAACUACAGUUUUUUUUUUUUUAAGUAAAAAAGAACUGGAUGAAAACCAGAUAAAUAAAUCGUCCUUCAGUGCAAAUAUUGAGCACUCAAACCACUAAAACCAAAUUUAAAGAGGUUGGUUUAAAGGGUUUGAAAAUGAUGACCAUGAUGAUGAUGAUGGUGGUCACCUGCAGUUCUCUGUUGCUCCUCGGGAUGGCUGCUGCAUACUCUUCCUCCAGCUCUGUGACCCGUGCUUCAUCUUCCUCGUCCUCAUCCCCCUCUUCCUCCUCCACCUCACCACGCAUGAAACUUUCAUACAAAGAGUUGCAACAGUACCACGGGGUGCGACGAUUUGAACUGGAGCGUUCCUGCUGUUUCAGCGCCAUGCUGCUGGAUGAAGAGAGGGGCCGGCUUUUUGUGGGGGCCAAGAAUUUUUUGCUGUCACUCUCAUUGGACAAUAUUGCCAAACAAGAGCACAAGAUUUACUGGCCUGCUCCUGUUGACUGGAGAGAGGAGUGUAACUGGGCCGGCAAGGACAUUACUUCUGACUGUGUCAACUAUGUGAAGAUUGUGCACCACUAUAACCGUACGCAUCUGUAUGCCUGUGGAACCGGGGCCUUCCAUCCUACCUGUGCUUUCGUAGAGGUGGGACACAGGAUGGAGGACCAUGUGUUUAAGAUUGACCCCUCUAAGGUGGAGGACGGUAAAGGAAAGAGUCCAUAUGAUCCUCGACAUACCGCCGCCUCUGUGCUGAUCGGGGAUGAGCUAUAUGCAGGUGUAGCCACAGACUUAAUGGGACGAGACUUCACCAUCUUCAGGAGUCUGGGGAAACGUCCCUCCAUUCGCACCGAACAACAUGACUCACGCUGGCUCAGUGAACCAAAGUUUGUCGGCUCCUUUUGGGUCCCUGAGAGUGAAAAUCCAGAUGAUGAUAAGAUCUUUUUCUUCUUCCGGGAGACAGCGGUUGAAGCUCAGGGUUUGGGGAAGUCUACUUACUCCAGAAUCGGACAGUUAUGCAGGAAUGACAUGGGUGGACAGAGAAGUCUGGUGAACAAGUGGACAACAUUCCUGAAGACCCGUCUGAUUUGCUCGGUACCAGGAGCUGAUGGCAGUGACACGUACUUCGAUGAGCUGCGGGACGUGUUCUUGCUGCAGACAAGGGACAGAAAGAACCCUCUGGUGUACACCGUCUUCUCUACUUCCAGCAGCAGUGUAUUUAAAGGCUCAGCUGUGUGUCUUUACUCUAUGAAUGACAUCCGGAGGGCCUUCCUGGGGCCAUUUGCACACAAAGAGGGGCCUAACUACCAAUGGGUCCCGUUCCAGGGAAAAGUACCCUAUCCUCGCCCAGGAAUGUGUCCCAGUAAGACAUUUGGGAGCUUUGAGUCCACGAAGGGUUUCCCGGAUGAUGUGAUCCAGUUUGCCCGUCACCACCCUCUGAUGUACAACCCCGUGUACCCAAUGAGUCGACGACCUGUUUUUGUUAGAACCAAUGUAGACUACAGCUUCACACAGAUCGUGGUGGACAGAGUCAACGCUGCUGAUGGACAGUAUGAUGUAAUGUUCAUCGGAACAGACAAAGGAACAGUAUUAAAGGUGAUCAGUGUUCCCAAGGAGAGCUGGAACAACAUGGAAGAACUUUUACUGGAAGAGCUGGAGGUCUUCAAAGAUGCCUCAUCUGUCAUCAACAUGCAGAUCUCCUCCAAAAGGCAACAGCUGUAUGUCGGCUCGGACACAGGAAUUGCCCAAGUCCCUCUUCACCGCUGCAGCGUUUAUGGGAAGGCCUGUGCUGAGUGCUGCCUGGCCCGAGACCCGUACUGCGCUUGGGACGGAACUUCUUGUACUCGCUAUCUGCCAAAUACAAAGAGACGUUUCCGUCGACAGGAUGUGAGGAAUGGAGACCCUAACACCCUUUGCUCAGGAGACCACCACAAGCACCAUGUUGCAGAGAAGACCCUGUAUGGAGUUGAGGGAAGCAGCACUUUUUUGGAGUGUAUUCCCAAAUCCCUUCAGGCCAAAGUCACCUGGACCUACCAGAAACAUCCACAAAACCCCCGAGAAGAGGUACGUCUUGAUGAGCGCAUCCUCCAUACAGAAAGAGGCCUCCUAAUUCGCCGGGUCCUAAAGAGGGAUGCUGGAGUCUACCAGUGCCAUGCUAUGGAGCACGGAUUCACACAGACAUUACUGGGCAUCACUCUAGAAGUAGUACCAUCAACAUCUUCUGUCUCCAAACUACACUCUGACGCUCCUGUACGGCUAGAUCCUCGCAGCGCAGGUGGUUCCUCACUAACCAAUCAAAAGUUUUGGUACCGGGAUUUCAUGCAGCUGGUGGACCACCCUAACCUCAGCACUGUCGACCAAAUCUGUGAGCAAGUUUGGGCACGAAAGCAUGCCAGUGCUGACCAGGGUGCAAAGAGUUUUCCUUCUCCAAGGAAGGAGAUCCUGCCUUCGGGUCCUGCUGUUCGGCCAUCCAGUAAGAAGUGGAAGCAUUUCCAGGAGAUAAGAAAGGGGAGAAACCGCAGGACCCAUGAUGGGAAACGAAGCCCUCGGGCACCGCGCAGUGCAGGGGACUAAUGACGAAAAGAGACAGAUAAAAGCGUGAAGGAGGAGAAUGAAAAAUAGUAACUCAGACACCAGAUACUCAUGGAGGUGUUCACUCAUGCAAAUACACACCUAAAGACAUGCACACACACGCACACACAACACCUCCUGUAUUGUGUUUAUUUAUCUAUGGAUGCCACCACUAUAUGGUACACCAUUCCCAUGAUUCCUCCUCCUCGUGACCAGCUCCCUGCAUGUGCUGCCUUACUGCCCAUACUGAUUCUGCACGAUCCCUUUACACUGCUUCACUAGGAUAGUCAAUUGUACUAGAAAAUACUCGAAUGGAAACACAGCGUUAUGAGGCAAUAAACUGACACAAGUCUAAAGCUUUUCCUACAAGCCAUCUAAACCACUUUAAUGGUUUGUGGAUCAUUGCUCUCUGGACAACACCACUCAUUAACAGUCCCAAAGGUUUGGAUAAUCUCUCCUCAAGGUAUAAUAUUUCCUUAAGUGACUUAAAUGUGGACAGAAUGAUAAUGGUGACAACUGGAACACGAUGCAAAAGUGUAGUCUUCAACUGAGAAACAAUAAAUGUGUUUAAAUGUGCAUGCAUGUUUCAUUAACAUUUGUAGCAACCUGAGUAUUCGAUGAACAUCUGUGGCCCCCUAUCCAGGAUCGUUACUCGUCCUUGGUGUAAAUCACACAAUGGACCCAUAAAGAUAUGCCAGCACCUGUAGAGCACAUCAUUUGUUGUGAAAGUGUUGUUGGGUUUGGUUGGUUUUUAUUUUUUUUGGAGCUGCUUUCAUUGGCACAUUGAAGUGCGUCGGCAUAUUCGACUGACUCAAACGAGUGAUGCACUUCUCAGGUUUUUCUGUUUGAUUACUGAUUUGUAAAGCUUUGAUCUGCAAGAAUUUUUGCCAAUGCCUAUUUUUGUUCAAAGUUGUGUUUAGAUUACAAAACCAAGAACAACUUACCCAGAACCUUUUAUUUGAAAACAUAUUUUUACUACAAUCUUCAUUUCAGCUUUAUUUACGAAAUUCCACAAUUGAACUUAAGGGGUAUCAGUGAAGGUUUUCCUCAUGGCUGUGGGCGAUAGCUGUUUCCAACUCAGAAUUAAAAGCUCGAUUUUUAGCAAUACAAAUUUAACAAGUUGGUCAGUCACAGGGGCAACAUUUUAUAACCUUUAUGAAGGCAAUAUAAAGUACAUCACAAGGCAUAGAUGUUUCACAUUUUAAAAUGAUAUGCAGAAAAUAAAUACAGCCAGCUGUCAUUACCACCUGGUGUUUUCGCAAACCCAAGAGUCUAGGCAUUUUUAUUUUUUAUCCACAAAUAUUUAAUGAAAAAUAGCAGAGACCUGCCCAUCAGAGACCAGACAUGUCCUGAAGAUAGGAAUCCAUGGUAGUUAUAGUUAACUUUAUCUGUUCCACUGAGAAUUAAUAGUAAAAAAAAAGAAAAAUACUGCCUCAAAUGGAUUUCCCCCCCCCCCCCCCCCCCACCCCCCCGCCCCAAAAUCACUUGGUGGUUGUACAGUACGAUCAUUUGUGGUUAAAGUUAACAGGAUAUAUAAGACAUGUAUCAUUUUAACUAGGAAUAGUCUACAGUUAUAAUAAUUUACAUUAUAAUGUUUAAUAAGGUGAACGUUCAAAAAUAUCAGUCACAGAAAAACUGAGUACUCCCCUUUCACUAAACUCAAUAUAAAAUCACUGCCUCCUCAUCAGGGUCUAUUUCUAUGAUACUUUCUACCCUGGUAAAAAUGGGAGUAAUAAUGGCCCCAGAAAACAAUAGUUAUUUUUAAAGCUUCCUAUAGUGGAAGCAAUCCUAAAGAAUUAUAAUAACCAAUAUUUAAAUAUUGUUAUUUCAAACCUUCUGCAAACAGCAGCUUAAUUAAAUCAUACUGUGUGAGAGAGUGGUCACUGUACAAUGGGGUUGUAACGUUUUCUUUUAGAGGGACCUGAAAUGAAUACAUUGAUGACAUUUUUAACUAUUUUAAGCACCUUAGGAACAAACUCACAAUUAGCAUUUCACUAAAAGUUAUUGGAAGCAAUUUCCCAACAGACAACUCUCGGCAUGUUGAGUCUUUUAAAAAUAUAUAUUUAUUAGCGUUUGAUACUUUUUGUGGUUCCCUUUCAGUUUUCAACACUAAGGAAAGUUGGUUUUUCUUCAUUUAGUAACAGCUUCUACAUUAAAGACUGAUUUAGUAUUGUGCAUUCAAUGAGAGAUUUUUUAUUUUUUUUUACACCAACUGAUUAAUAAAGCUGGGCUGGUCAAGCAGAAAAUAUGAGUAGAGAUCACCAGAUGAUUCCUUUGUGCAUCUCUGCUUAAAAUAUUUACUACAAUCAGUGCAUUUCAUCCUAGUUAGGAGCAAUUCAUAACCGGCCUCUGGUUGUUAUAUUGCAUUAAAACCACUCGAAAAAAGGAGGGACAAAAUGUCAUAUUGCAUUGAAAUACAAGAGUGCUAAGAUGUUUUCAGAAAACAAUCAAAGCAGGAAGAAACAGUCAAAUAUAUAAAUGAAUAAUAAUAACAUAAUAAUUUGAAAAUGCAACAUGGAGUCAAAUAAGGGUACAUAGCUUGGAGUGGCAUUGCAGAGUAUGUAAAGACAUUUCAGAAAUAAUCUACAACAACUAUUACAUUUACUUUACAACCCUACAUUGUUAGUGAUACAUAGACCUGCAGGCAAUUAAGUGACUAUGAGGUUUAUUGGUUAGCACAUUGAACUUCCCACAUUGCAUUGUUUAGCAAAAGAGAGAGAAAAAUCUCACACUGUUUGUAAUAACUAUUUAUGUAGAGUUUCAGUCAAUUAGAUCAUUAAUUGCAGCUUAAUUAAGGAUCUCAACUCUAGUUAAAGGACAGUUAGGACUUUAAGGUCUUCCUUUUUGAUGUCUUAGUCUAUAGAUGUUUCAUUUGUAUAGAGAGCCAACAUGUGUUGGUUGUUCAUGCUAACAUGGUGUGUGUAGCCUGUCCCCUUGUGUUCUUUGCCUGAACAGGCUCAGAUGAUGAGCUUUUCUGUGGUACUUUGGUAUAUCAUAUUCUGUAUGCAAGAAAGAAACAGGUGGGUAUUUUAGAUGAAAUUGUGCUUUUAUGUUUUACAGUUAUGAAAUCUUUUAUGUAUCAUCUGUUUUGUUUUGUGCUGCUACCACCAAAUAACAUGAUUCUAAUGAAAUUAUUUUAACUUUGUACAUUCAUCCCAGUUAAAAAGCAAGGCAGCACAACCUGGGUCUAUUGUGGGGAUUGUAGAUGUAUUAUAUCAGUGUCAUUGUUAUUUAUAUGCCCUUUUUUUUAGAUGUGUAAUUAACUCUUCCAAUUAAAAUGAAUGACAAUGCCUAUACCUAGGGACACUCAGCAUUUUGAUACCAUUUGGUAGGGGUCAAGACUAACUUUGAAUGGCUAAAAAAGCAGACUUUAAUCGAUUAAGAAUGUGGCUGAUUGGUGCAUUACAUAAAUCUAAAGUGCAUCUUUGAGGUCCGUGGAGCCAGUUCAGCUAAAUACUUACACCAAUAUUAAAGCAGCAGUGGUGUCAAACAUGCGUGAGUAUCCCUUUUCAGCCAGCUGUUGUUUUGUGUUUGAACUUGCAUGACUAAUGUUCGUAGCUGAUGCAUUUGACAAUGACAUGGUGGCAAGAGAGAGAGAGGUAAAGAAAGCACAGUUUUAUUCCUACGUAUUUAUAUGGAAAGAUAAGCUGAGAGGUUUUGAAUUCUUUUGUUUUCCUUAUACUUGUAGAUUUACUUUUUUUAGUGGUCAUGUUCUUCUGGCAUUUACUUGUUUUUGGCAUUUUCUGGUACCUUACAGCCAAUGGGAAAUAUUUUUUUCCUGGAGACACUAUCCAACUAAAGUCCUUUGUUGUUCUAAAAGCCCUCUCUUCUAAAACUUCCUUAUAUAUCCCAUUCUAUGUGAUGCAGCGAUUUCCAAAAGCUCACAACCAGAAGCUUUUGUGUUUGUAUGACUGACUGUGUGUGUCUGUGUGAGAGUGUAAAAUGUUCACUUGAACUCGAUUUGCAUCUUCUGUCUGACUGUUUUUGUGGACAACAGAGCUCUAUAUAAUGGCAAAGGUACAGUGGUGUGUGUAGGGAGGUCUGUAGUCUGAAAGUCUGAGGUGAAAGGCCAAAGUUGAUGUGGUGUACUGUAAUAUUCCUGGGUCUUUGUGAAAUGUCAUGUCAGAUUUUUUUGAUUAAUACAAUAAAAAUAUGCAGUUACUUUAA